AUGGAGUGUUUGAUUGGGAUCCAGUUCAAAGACUAUAUCCUGCUGGCUGCAGAUAUGAAUGUUGCUCAUAGUAUCAUCAUGAUGAAGCAUGAUGAGGAGAAGAUUUACAAGUUGGGCAGCAAGUUAGCAAUGGCUGUCAGUGGUGAACCAGGUGAUACAACCCAGUUUGCUGAGUACAUUGCCAAGAAUCUACAGCUGUACAAGAUGAGAAAUGAAUAUGAGCUGAGCCCUGCAGCUGCAUCAAGCUUCAUCCGGCGUAACAUGGCAGAGUCUUUAAGAAGCCGAACUCCUUAUUAUGUCAACCUCAUGAUUGGAGGCUAUGAUGAUACAAACGGACCAGAGCUUUAUUAUGCUGACUACUUGGCAACACUGGUAAAAGUCCCCUUUGCAGCCCAUGGCUAUGGUGGAUUCUUCAGCAUGUCCGUGAUUGAUCGCUACUACCAAGAAAACAUGAGUGUGGAAGAAGGAUAUGAACUAAUGAAAAAAUGUGUCAAGGAAGUCCAGAAACGCCUCAUUGUCAACAUGCCUAAUUUCCAGGUCAACUGCAUCUCCAAAGAUGGACUCAAGAGCAUGGAGCCCAUAACAGCUGAAAAGCUGGCUGCUGUAACUGUGUGA